CCAAGGGGCCAAACAAGCGCGAGCAGCAUCGGUGGAGUUAGGUAACGUGAUUAGGAUAACGUUACUCGCAUUUCAUGUUGAUUAAACUUAUCUUAGUAAUAUCGCUUUUAUAUAUAGCAAUUUCAUUUGAUUAAUCAAAUGGCAGGCAAGAAGAAAGAAGCGAGUCUUCAGGCGUCUGUCACAAACCAAGAGCAGUGGGAGGAGGUGCUUGCAACCAAAGGUUUGACAGUUGUAGAUGUGUACCAACAGUGGUGCGGCCCAUGUCGAGCAGUGGUUAGUCUCCUACGCAAAAUAAAGAAUGAACUGGCUGAUGACCUGUUACAUUUUGCCACAGCCGAGGCAGACAGCAUUGAUGCUUUGGAGAGGUAUCGAGGGAAAUGCGAGCCCACCUUCCUUUUCUAUGGGGGUGGGGAGCUGGUGGCUGUGCUGCGAGGGGCCAACGCUCCUCUCCUUCAGAGGAUAAUUGUGGAGGAACUAGCCAAGGAGAAGUUGGUCCUGGAGCAAGGUGGUGAACGCAAAGCGGUUAAAGAUGAUUGUCUGGUGGAUGAUGAGAAGAGAGAUGAGGAUAAGAUGUCUCAGCAGUCAGAAAACGAAGAAAGCAUAAUUGUUCCUGCCAGUAAAUCCUACACCAUUGCCAUCAUCAAACCAGAUGCCGUUGCUCACGGCAAGGCAAAUGAGCUCAUUAUGAAGAUUCAAGAUGCUGGGUUCGAGAUCCUGGCCCAAGAAGAACGCACGCUGACUGAGGUUGAGGCUCGAGAUUUUUACCAGCACAAAGCAGAAGAGGCUUGUUUUGAGGACUUGGUGCAGUUUAUGUCCAGUGGUCCGUCCCAUAUUCUGGUACUCUCUCAGGUUGAGGGCUCAGAUAACGUUGUACCAACAUGGCGUGAGUUCAUUGGCCCAGCAGACAUAGAGGAAGCCAGGAGAGAAAAACCGCAAAGGCUUAAGUCUGGGAAAGCAAAUGAACAGCGCAUUCUCGCCUGCUCCGUCAGACACACCCAAACAUUAUGCUUCUCUCUGGUUGAGCACCAGCCGAGCAACCAUCUGCUCUCCUCUCCUUUCUCCCCCCUGGCUUCCUGCAGCUUGCGGGCACAAUACGGCACACAGACACUGUUCAACGCAGUGCACGGUAGUGAGGACAUCGACCAGGCCAGCAGGGAGCUCGCCUUCUUUUUCCCCAACUUUAGGACGGCCUCAGCAACGGAGCAGGAUGGGGAGGAAGAGCGUGUGGAGAGGACACUGGCUCUUAUCCGGCCUGACGUUGCCAGAGAAAACAGAGAGGAGAUCUUGGCUCAAAUCCACAAGUCAGGCUUCACCGUGGCUCUCCAAAAAGAGGUGAUGUUGACAGAGGAACAGGUCAGACAGUUUUACUUCCAACACGUUGAGGAGGACUACUUCCCUCUAUUGCUCCGAAGCAUGACCAGUGGGCCGGUGCUAGCUUUGGCUCUGGCCGGAGCGGGGGCUGUCCAUAUCUGGAAGAACAUCCUUGGUCCUUCUGACGUUAAUAGAGCCAAAGAGGAGAGUCCUGACUGUCUAAGGGCCCAGUUUGCUGUGGAGAACGAGCCCAUCAACCAGCUGCAUGGAAGUGAAAGCCACGAAGAGGCAGAACGAGAGAUCAGCUUCUUCUUCCCCAAACAGCAAACACUGGCAGUGAUCAAACCUGAUGCCAUGGAGGAACACAAAGAGAAGAUUUUGGAGGAGAUCAGUGGCAGCGGUUUCUCUGUGACGCAGCUGAAGGAGACGGUGCUGUCGAGGGAGAUGGCUGAGGAGUUUUACAGAGAGCACAGAGAGAAGCCUUUCUUCAAGCAACUGGUGGAAUUCAUGUGUCAGGGGCCCUGUAUGAUGCUCAUACUGACCAAGGAAAAUGCAGUGGAGGAGUGGAGGGCCAUAAUGGGCCCCGCGGACCCUGACCAAGCUAAGGCGACAUCCCCAAACUCUCUCAGGGCUCGCUUUGCCUCCGACAUCCUCCACAACUCAGUACACGGCUCCUCAAAUGAGCAGCAAGCUGAGGAGAAAAUCCAUUUUAUCUUCGGAGACAUCUGCUCUGACACAGAGCUCACCGGUGAUGGAGAGACUAACACAACCGUUUCAGCAAAAGGUCAAGACAAUUCUGCUGAUGAAAACACAGGAAUGUCAAGAUCUUCAACUGAAGAAACAUCUGAAGGUGACCCACAUAAUUGAAUCAUUGCAGCCCACAGACAGAAGGAAGUGACGAUCCAGAGCACUCCAAUGGAAUCAGCACACCGCCUAGUUUUUCUUGUAAUGUGGGACUUAUUCUGUAACAUUAUGGCACACAUAA